AUGCGCGAUAAUAUUCGUAACGCGGGUACAGAGAAGGUCAGCCAGCAGCUUUCUUUGAGAGAUUUGAUGCUCAACUACGGGCUCGAUAUACUCUUCCUCCUGAUGUCCGUUGUUCUGCCUCUCGAUGUCUUCGGUCGGACGACGGCGGAAGUAGUCGGGACGGUAUUCUUCAGAGAUGAUGUUUCGACGCCUGCUCCUGGCACUACCGAUUAA